UAGCGCCCCCCGGUGCGGGGCGCGGGCGCCCGGGCAUCCUCCGGCGCGGCGGCGGCUCCGGCUCCUCCCUCGCCGGCAGCGCGGAGCGGCUGCGAGCUUGAGCCGGGCGCUGCGCUGCGCUGCCGGGCAGCGCCAUGAAGCCGGCGGUGCUGGAAGUAAUGAGGAUGAACCGGGUGUGCAGGAUGGUCCUGGUCACUUCCGUGGGCUCCUUCAUCCUCGUCAUCUUCUAUUUCCAAAGUAUGUUGCUCCCAGUAAUGCGUAGGAAUCCAUUUGGGAUGGACAUUUGCUGCCGAAAAGGAUCCAGAAGCCCACUCCAGGAACUGUAUAAUCCUACCCAGUUGUCCAACACAGCAAUUCUCCAUCAGAUUAGACGAGACCAAGUGACAGACACAUGCCGAGCAAACAGCGUAUUGAGCAGGAAGCGCCGUGUGCUGACGCCCAACGAUCUCAAACACCUGGUGGUGGAUGAAGAUCAUGAAAUGAUCUACUGCUAUGUCCCUAAAGUGGCCUGCACAAACUGGAAGAGAGUCAUGAUGGUUUUGACGGGAAGAGGCAAGUACAGCGAUCCAAUGGAAAUCCCGGCCAACGAAGCCCAUGUGUCUUCAAACCUGAAGACUCUCAACCAGUACAGCAUCCCAGAGAUCAACCACCGCUUGAAAAACUACAUGAAGUUCCUCUUUGUUCGUGAGCCUUUUGAGAGACUGGUGUCAGCCUACAGGAACAAGUUCACCCAGAAGUACAACACUUCCUUCCACAAGCGCUACGGCACCAAAAUCGUGAGGCGCCAGAGGAAGAACGCGACCCAGGAAGCUCUGCGUAAAGGCGACGAUGUGAAAUUUGAAGAGUUUGUGGCAUAUCUCAUCGACCCGCACACCCAAAGAGAAGAGCCCUUCAACGAGCACUGGCAGACUGUGUACUCCCUCUGCCACCCUUGCCACAUUCAUUAUGACCUCAUAGGAAAAUAUGAAACGCUUGAAGAGGAUUCGAAUUACAUUCUCCAGCUUGCAGGAGUCGGCAACUACCUGAAGUUCCCCACCUAUGCAAAGUCAACGAGAACUACUGAUGAAAUGACCACAGAGUUCUUCCAGAACAUCAGCUCGGAGCACCAAACGCAGCUGUAUGAAGUCUACAAACUUGAUUUCUUAAUGUUCAAUUACUCAGUGCCAAGCUACCUGAAAUUGGAAUGAGGGAUGGGUUGGGGGGAGAGCGGGGAGAGAAAGCCUGUUUUAUUUAAGAUUUUUAUUUGUCAUAAUAAAUAUGGAGAGUGGGUUAUUUUGUAAAUUAAUGAUUUUCUUUUUUUUUUUUUUUUGAAUGAUGCUGCGAGCAGCACAGUCAAAAUUAUUUAAAUCAACUGUAAGAAAGGACAGCUCUCUUUGCAGGGUAACAGGAUUGUGACGAUCUAGCUGUAGAAAUGAAUAAUACUGCUACACUGUUGAAAAAAAACGUUAAUUGUGUUCUGGUGAAUUUCAUUGAUCUUGCGUUCCUAAAAUUCUAAUUAAUAUUAUUUAUACUUAUUUAAAACAUGGUCUCUUGGGCAGUUUCACUAUAGCAACAGAGAUAGAUAACAUUUGGACAAAAGGAAUCUGGUUUUAUUCUUUCCUCAGUUGAGCUUUUCUCUGGAUAGUAAUAUUCUUCCAUUAGCCUUUCAUGCAGGUAAAUACAGGAGUGGUUCUUGAUACCGCACGCUGUCAGAAUGAUGGAAAUAAUUACUUUAGAAAGUGAUACUGCAUUUAAACAUACUAUAAAGCUGUCUUUCUAGCCCUGAAAGGGAAAAAUAAAACAGAUUUUGAUAGAUACAUGAUCUCUAAACUGAUCUCUAAACCCAUGAUUACAAGAAAUGUGAAUGUAGUCCUUAGGAAGAGAAACCAUGAGCUUUUUUUUUUAAAUCUGGAUUUAAUGGUUUUGUCAAGAAUAUGAUGAGUCCCAUUGUCUCAUAAUUUGAAGGCUGCCCACCCAAAUGAAUGUGGAUUUGCAGAUGGCUCCAUCUGAAAAAUCAGCAUUUUGAAUGUGACCAUGAAGAUAUGCGAAUGCCCAAAGCAGUCGGCAUUCACUUAAUUCAUAUCCAAGAUGGGGGAUUUAGGGAGCUCCAGUCUCUACAGGUCACGCCUCCUCCUUGAUCUUAAGAUAGACAAUUAGAAUUGGCUAUUGUGCUCGAAAACCACCGGUCAUGAUAUGUUGCUAGAAAGGAUGCAGGCAUGUUAUUUUAAAAAUCAGAAAGUCAUCUUCGUGUUGAUCUCUAAGCAUGCAAGGCAAUAAAAGAGGUCUCCAAGCUUCCGACAUGCUGGUUUCAUGGCUUUUUCCUAUGGGGAAAAGGGGAAUCUUUCUUUCUUCAGUUGUCGCUGAAAUUGACAGGGAUGAAUUGACAGAAAUGUUUCUGGUAUCCCAUGGGUCAGUAUUUCAUCUAAGUCAGGUCUAAUGUGAGAACACGCUCUUCUUACCUAAGGUAAGCAUCUCUGUGGUGGUUGUUUCUCUUGCUUUAAUGCAAUGCCACUGAGAUAUGUGGCCCUGAGGGCAGUAGGAGCAGGGCUGGGAUCUGGUCUGGAGCCAGCAACAGGUGUCUGGAGUAGGAAGCAAAGGCUUUCCUCCAGUGACAGAGGCCAGCAGCGCACCGGUUGGCCCUUGUCCGCACCACCAGGCAGACUGCAGCUCUCCAAAAGGCAAGGGGCAGGUUUGAUUCUGCAAGGCUUUGUUAGCGUGGGGUUUUGUUCAGGGAACAAAAGAGAAGUCGCUGGCACAGGCUUUAGUCGAGGCAUUUGUGGGAAGCUAAAAUCUGUUUUAAGGUUGUUUGUUACAGUGGGGGUUUGCAUCGCCCGCAUGUCUGUCUUCUUUAAUCAAACCCAACACUUCCAAAAAGAAAAGCAGAUUUAGGUAAACGCAGCUGGAGCCGGAGCCUGGCAGGCGCAGUGCACAACAGCUGGUGAUGGCUGCUGAGUUACACAGCCCCCAGGACACCACGUGCUUAAAGAAGUGACAUAGGUCUGUCUGAUUUAGCAAAAAUAAGUCACUGAGCGGAUCUCAGUGAUGAAUGAAUGAACACAGCAAACCAGCAGCUGAACUCCUUUUGCGAUUGUGCUUGCUCUUACCCAGGCUUUGGGCCGUGUUUAUCAUGCCCUCUGGAUGAAUCUCUCACCACUCUGCAACAGACAGUUUUUGUAGCCCGGGUCCUGUUUAUAACCCCAUUACUAGGAAUGGCCGGCGGAGCACUGGCUGCUGGAUCCGACAGCUCUGAAUCCCUGAGUGCUUUCUGAUCGCUGAGCAGCGCUUUACAUGAAAGCAGUUUUGUCUCAUUUAGAGAACGUGGAGCUGUUGCAAGUGCCUAUUGCAGUGUGCCCCGUCUUUCUUCUGGCUGUAGCUCAGUGCUUAUAUGUUUGUUAAAAAAAAAAAAAAAAUCUGUAAGAGGGUAGAUUCUUCUU